CUCUCGGCUAACUCCCGUCGGCAAGUGGCUCGGCACCGUUUUGAUUGGUCCCGAAUCCUUGUCUUCGGCAAACGACCCCAAAUCGCGGGGUGCAUGCCGCUCUCAACACACACAGCUUGAAGAUCAACACUGUGAGGUCGGCGGCGUUGCUUGGCCCUCCCCAACAUCGUGUCCCGCGUUCAUAUCAUAGGAUGCCACUAGAACUGUCAUCUUGGCAGGUUGACAUCACGAUCUUAUCGUCGACUGUUCACUGGUCUGAUUAUGGGUCGCGGUGGGUGCGAAGCUUUGGAUGGAAUGUCCCAUGAGGGUGGGCGAGGCGGAGGGGAUAUCUUGAUCUCUUCUUGUCUGCUUGUGGAGUAGCUUGUUUAUCCUUGUUCACAUGCUUCAUUGCCAUUACUCAUCUUGGCUUCUGCAUAAAGCAAGGCUUGUAUGCCCUCCCUGCACUUCUUUAAUUCCUUUCCCGAAAAUUCCCCAGCUCUAUCGAGUGCCUCAUCGACUGCUUCCAGACAAAGGAAAAUAUGGCACACCCGCGAGCAUCUCACGGCAGCGACUCCCCCACCACUCUUACAUCAACCGCCUUCGAAUCUGAGGAAAAGAAAUCCAACAACCUCUUCCAGGACGAAGAUCCCUCCCAUUCGGCAGCGCACGACAGAAAAGGAUCUCAUGAUCUGAAUUGGGAUGGGCAUGAUGUCGAUUUCAGCAAUGUCGACGAGAAGAAGGUGCUGCGCAAGAUGGAUAUCCGACUCUUGCCCAUGCUGGCACUGUUAUAUCUGUUGAGCUUCUUGGAUAGAGGCAAUAUUGGGAAUGCGAAAAUUGAGGGUUUAACCGAGACAUUAAAUAUUACUGGCCCGCAGUAUAAUUGGUGCUUGACAGUCUUCUUCUUUACAUACUGUGCGUUCGAAGUACCCAGUAAUUUGAUGCUGAAGAAAUUACGUCCUUCGAUAUGGCUUCCAUCAAUAAUGGUAGCAUGGGGUAUCGUCAUGACUCUCAUGGGAAUAGUGCAGUCAUAUCACGGCCUCUUGAUCGCGCGUAUCUUCCUAGGUGUCACUGAAGCAGGUCUCUUUCCUGGUGUUGCGUAUUACAUUACAAUGUGGUAUUGCCGACAUGAAGCCCAGCUACGACAAGCGCUGUUCUUCAGUGCUGCCAGUAUUGCAGGUGCCUUUUCGGGUUUACUCGCGUUUGGAAUUGCGAAGAUGGACGGUACUGGAGGUUUGGAAGGUUGGCGGUGGAUUUUCAUUCUUGAGGGUAUUGCUACCGUCUUAAUUGCUAUCCUAGCAUAUUUCACGCUUUACGAUUUUCCAGAUACAGCAUCUUUCCUCACGAUCGAAGAAAGAGCCUGGGUUGUGCACAGACUUAAAUACCAGGGCUCGAAGGGUUCGGGACAGAUGGUUGCUGAGACUGAAGGUUUCAAGUGGAAGCAUGUCAAAGCUGCUUUCACUGACUGGCAAAUCUAUGUUGCAUUGUGGAUGUACUGGGGAAUCGUCUGCCCAUUAUACGGAAUCUCACUUUUCCUCCCAUCCAUCAUCCGAGAACUCGGCUACACCUCCAGCACCGCCCAACUUCUCACCGUACCGAUCUAUAUUACAGCAGCAUGCAUUACGAUCGUGGUAGCAUACUACUCUGACAAAUCUAAAUCUGGUCGCGCUCCCUACAUCUUCUUGCCGAUGUGCGCAAUCUUGAUCGGCUUCAUAAUCGCCAUCUCGGCUUCCGCUGUCGGUGGACUUCCUGGGCUCGUGUACGCGGGCGUGUUUAUCGCAACAUGUGGAAUCUACCCAGCCUUUCCCGGUAAUAUCACAUGGAUGUCUAAUAAUCUCGCGGGGAGUUACAAGCGUUCUGCGGGCAUGGCGAUUCAUAUCGGCGCCGGCAAUCUCGCUGGUGCUAUGGCGAGUAAUUUCUAUCGCUCGAAUGAUGCGCCAAAGUAUUUGCUCGGACAUGGAUUGGAGAUUGGGUUUGUGACUAUAGGUUUGGUGGCGGUCGUUGUGCUCAGGACGGGGUAUAAGAGGAUUAACGAUAAGCGUGAUAGGGAGGGGAAUGAGGCUGGGCAUAGUCUCAAAGAAAUGAGUGAGAUGGGUGACAGAGCUCCUACAUUUAGGUAUAUGCUCUGAGAAUGAAUGUUUUCGAAAGAAGACGACCUUACUUGACAUAUUUCCUCCAAUCAUGUACAUCCUUGUACCCCA